AUGUCAUCAAACCGAUCCUUGUCUCAGCUGUUGGUUCGGUUAGGACACACAAUCUUUGAAGAGUGGGAUCAAUUCUGUGGAAAUGAAGCUUGUAAGAAACUUAAAAAUGUUAUUGGAAACUCGAUUGAAAGUAAAACAUUCUACAAGGUUCCGAUAGAAAUGCAAAUACAUUGGAUUGCUGAAUUUAUUUGUGAUUAUAUUUGUUAUGAUCGAGUUUCGGAUCGAGAUGAAACGUUUCUAACUGCUCACUUUCUGAUAAAAGUUGUUUUACGAAAGUGUGUAGAGAGGGAAAUUUCGUUUGGAAAAUCCCCACUUGCUUUCGAUGCUAAGGUAACUUCCUCACCUCUGAUUGAUCAAUCCUCAGGUGGAGAUGAACAAUUUUUCUAUUCGAAACUUAGUGAAAAUAUUGGAAACUCGGAAUCUCAAAUGGAUUCUCAUUUACAAGAGCAAUUGCAUACUUUACUAGCUGAUGCUUUCGAAAGUGGUGGAUCCGAUGAAGAAUUGGAUGAAAACACAUCAAAUAUUGAUCCUGAUCAUCAAUGGAGAAUUUUAAUUAGUCAAGUUUCGAAUGAAUUAUUCUCAGAAAAAGUGGAAUCGUUCAAUUCAGAUAUGAAUUUUUGGAAUUCAGUUUUGGAUCAAAUUCUAAAUGAAGGAUUUUUUGAAAAUUUACCAAAAAAGAAAAUUGAUUUCACACAAGAUCAAAUCAAAAAGAUGAAAAAACCAAAUUCUGAUUUUGUAAACCUUGCAAUGUGUCGUUUACAAUUCACAUGCCAAAUCAAUGCCAAAUUAUUCCAAUAUUCCUUUAGAGAAUUAUCCAAAUCCUAUCUGAAAGAUUUUGAAUCAGUUCCCUUCAAUUCUCAAGAAAAAUCUAAUUCUCCCAAUGCAUUUUCCAUUCUCACUGUCUGCCAUUGGCAUUUACAAAUGUCAAAUGCCAAAUCUAGCUAUUCCUCCCCUCUCCAACGAUUACAAGCUUUUGAAAGAGUUCAACAAUCAGCAAAUUUCCCAAUCACCUGCGCAGCACAUUCAAUUCCAUUCGAAAACUCUCAAUUUGCCUCAGCUCUUGCUUCAUCCGUAAAGAGCAUUAAAUCCUAUUUUGGAUUUCAUUAA